UGUAAUAUCCCCGUCGGGUAAACAAAAACCCCCCAGCUCAUAUCGUAUGUUACCAUCGCAAGGGAAGAGAGAGAAAACGCGUUGCUCAUCUCCUCUAACCGCUCCUCUUGUCCAGUCGCGCAGGUCGGCCAUUUUUUCUCCUCCUUCGAGCUUUCGAACUCAUCCGCGGGAAACUAGAUCAUUUCUAGUGGGUAUUGGCUAUGUGGCACAUCCUGAGGCAUUGAUAGAGUAUUACCAGCAAGAAGUUUACCGUAUCAAGUCUCAACUUUGUCGUAAGGUUUUUCAACUAUUGUAAGUACUCAUCGAUAAUGGCUUCCAACAACGGUAUGUGAUUUCAGUUAAUGCUGAAAUUAAAAGAAUACAUUCUAUUCAAUGGAUACAGUUGAUUUAUUUUUUGUCGCAGGUAAAGCUAUCGUAAUUUGGGGUGUUAGUGGUUCUGGAAAAACCACAAUAGGUCAAAUGCUGGCAACGGAGUUGAACUACAAUUAUCUUGAUGCUGAUGAUUUUCAUUCCCAGUCAAACAAAGCAACAGAUAAGAUGCGUAUGGGAAUCCCGCUUUCAGAGGAAGACCGGAUUCCAUGGCUUAAUUCACUAUGCAAUGAUUUGAGAGAACACUUGACAAACAAAAAGGAUGUGGUUCUGAGUUGCUCUGCUUUGAAGAAGCAAUAUAGAGAAAUACUUCGAUCUGCUGACCCUAAUUAUAAUCAUGGAAGUUAUGCCAGUGCUGUAAGUUUUGUUCUGUUAGAUUUACCUGCUCAAGUUUUAAGAGAUCGUUUAACUGAACGAGCUGCAAAAGGAAGCCAUUUUAUGCCCGCGUCUCUUUUGCAAUCUCAGUUAGACUUGCUAGAGAUUGAUGAGUCUGAGGGAAUACUUAAAGUUGAUGCUACUUUGAGUCCGAAAACCAUUGUCAAUACCAUUAAGGAAAUGUGAUGGAUUUAAAGUUUGUUCCCUUUUGGCCUGUUUAAUUGAUGCUAAGUUUCACGAUUGUAAUUUAACUAGUACAUGACCCAUGCGAUAGUUGGGCAUGAAUGGGUGGCUCUAUAUGUAGCAUGGAAAGUUGAAUUAUUAUGGAAUGAUAAGUUGAAUUAUACUUCAGGAAAUCACUUUAUAAACAA